GCAUGCGCGUUCGCUACAUUGCAAAUGGCGGAUUUUGUUAUUGUUAGGUGGCGCAUAUGAGGUUGAAAAAGUAUUUUCGUUUUUCCUCCUCUUCCUUCCCUGGAUAUGGAGGAAGAUAGUGGAGGCGAAAUUGUGGAAGCAGUAAUUACAUGUAAUGGUGAGCUAGAGGAUCCAAGUUUUAAGAAAAACUUUGGGUCUCUGUUGAGAAGGCUAAAGAAGAGGAUAGCAGGAAGCUUUGGAAAAGGACCCGAGCUGGUGGUUACCAAAAUGGAGCCGUGGAACUCUGUGCGCGUGACGUUCAGCAUCCCGCGCGAGGCGGCGCUGCGGCUCCGGCAGCUCGCCCAGCAGGGUGACUCCACGCUGCGCACGCUCGGCAUCCUUACUGUCCAGGUGGAGGGUGAUCAGGUGAUCUCACUGACGCUGGCCGGACGUAACAACGGGCCGCCGCAGGAGAUCGUACUGCGCACCGAGGAGGCCGGCGCGUCCACGGCGCCGCAGCGCAGUCUGGCGGACGUGCUGAUGGCGGGCGCCGGCGAGCGGGCGCUGCCGCCCCCGCCGCCGCCGCAGGCCGCCGCGCCGCCGUCGUUCCGCAGCCCGAACGUGGUGGCGCCCGUCAGUCAGGCGGUGCCGUACCCGGCCAAACUGCAGCAGCGCGCCGGCGCCGCCACCUACCCGUUCAACAGCAUGUCGCACGCGGCAGCGGCCGCCGUCGGCCACCGGGAGCUGGCGCAGCCGGCGCUGCCGCCUCCCCCGCCGCCCCCGCCCCCGCCGCCGCCACCGCCGCCCUACCGUGGGCCCGGCCAGCAGCAGCAGCAGCAAGUGGCGGCAGCCCAGGCACCGCCGCCGCCUCCACCGCAGCCGCCGCCCCCACAGCCGGUGGCUAUGGCGGGCGGCCCGGCACAGCGCGAGGGGGCUCCGCAGCUGAAGACUCCUACUCUGACCAGUAUCGGCAGCCCGCUGCUGGUGAACCUGCUGAAGAACGAGCCGGCCGUCUCGGAGGCGGCGAUGCAGCGCACGCAGCUGACCCAGUCGCAGCAGGCGGGCCAGCCGCCGCCGCCGCAGUCGCAGUCUGCGCCGCAGCCGACCCGAUUGUCGGCCCCGCAGCAGUCGGUGCGGCUGACGCUGCAGCACCGGAUGUCUCCGGGCCCGCUGCAGCAGAUGCAGCACCGCGCCGGCCCGGCGGGCGUGCAGCAGGUGCGCCGCUCGCCAGUCGGCGUCCCCGCGCGCGUCUCGUCGCCGGCCGGUCUGGCGCAGGCGGCCGCCGCGCGGAACUCGCCCGUCCAGCUGCCGCUGCGCGUGUCGCCCGUCCAGCUGCCGGGCUCGCCGGCGGCGCGGCCCGCCACGCCCGGCGUCGCGCGGCCGCACCCGACGCGCGUGGCGUUCGUGGCCCACCCGGGCCGUCACCACGCCACCAUGUCGCACGGCGCGCAACCCGUCGGCAACGGCGGCCUGGUGCUGGUCAACAACGGCCCGGCGCGGCCCGGCCACCAGCAGCUGGCUCGCGCCUUCUCGGGUCACAUCAAGCAGACGCGGCCGUCCCUCCAGCACGUGCUAUCGGGCGGACCGCGACCACACCGGCACGAAUCGCAGCCGCGAGCGGCCGGCGCGCCGCCGGCCACUGUCGUCGCCUCGACGUCAGCCACAUCCUCCCCCUCCUCCGCCCAGAUCCGUCCCGGCCUGGCGGGCGCCAGCGGUGCACCGGUGACCACGUCGUCGCCGCCGGCGCCGCUGGCCAAGACGCACCUCAGUCCCGGCUCCUCGCAGGGGGGCGCCGGCGUCGCCCCCGCCUCAGGUAAGCCCCGCCAGAUGCUCAUCAACCCGCUGACCGGCCUGCUGGAGCCGAUGCCGACCAGUGACAGCAGCUCGGACAGCGAGCCGGAGCGCGCCCGCUCGCCCUUCCCCGAGAACUCCAACUCGAUUUUCUCGGACGAGGAGUCGAAUCAGAGCCUGCCCAACAUGUCCGACUCUGAGGCGAGCAAGAUGUCGCUGCUGAGCGGCGCGUCGGACAGCCGGCGCGCCAGCCGCGGCGGCACGCCCAGCCCGCGCUCCGUCUCUACCAGCCCGGCCGCCGAGAAGAUCAAGCUGCGACUGAAGCUGGAGAAGGCUGAGCCGGUCAGUCCCGUCAGCCCCACCUACAAGGUGGACGUGUCGUUCGGCAGCAGCGCUAACUCGACACGUCGACCCGACCGAGCCGCCGGUAACGGCGCGGCCGCCGCGGCCGGUGGCACGCCGGGCGGUGAGGAGCCGCGCGUGCCGCCGCUGCACAUCUCGCUGCGCGGACGCAACGCCGCCGUGGUGGUCUCCAAGGAGGGCGGCGCGGCCAAGUCCAAAGACAAGCUGAAGCCCAAACUGAAGAGUACAAAGGACAAGGAAGAGUCGGCGUCCGAGGCGCUGCUGACGCCGAGUGACGAGGCGCCGCUGAAGCUGAAACUGAAGGACCCGGCGCUCAAGGCGCGGCCCAAGGACAAGGACAAAGUGAAGCGCGUUAAGCGCAAGGAGGACAGCAGUGAUAAGGGCGUGGGUAGUGUGAAAGUGGCGAAGGUGUGCGAAAAGGACGGGACCAGCGGCGCGCCUCCCAAGGAGCCCUCUCUGGUUAACCACGUAUUUGGCCUGCACGACGACAUGGACCUGAAGCACAUCCCGCCGGUGCCUCCGGAGGACAUCUUCUCGCCGGACCCGUGGGAGCCGCGGCCGGCGCGGCCGCCGCCCGAGCCGCCGGCCGCGCCGCCGCCUCCUCCGCCGCCGCCGGCCGCCUCCACCUCUCUGGCGCUGACCGUCACCACGCUACCGGCCACCCAGAAGUCAGCCUCGGCGUCAGCAGCGCCGGCGGUGACGGUGGCGGCCGUCACCUGCCUGCAGCCGGCCAGCACGGCCGCCCUGGAGAGCGCGCUGCGGGCCGGCCGCGCAGAGGGUGAUGCGCUGCGUAAGGAGGUGCUCACACAUUGCCUGGAGAAGAAGGUGAAUGAUGUGUGCGCCACCUCGACGGCGGCCGGCGCGCGGCUGGGCGAUGUGCUGGGCGCGUGCACCUCGCUGGCGCUCUCCAAAGUGGAGGGACUGGCCGACAGUCCUUCGGUGACACCCAAGGGUGACCCGAGCAACGGCCAGGGCGAGGACUCGGGUAUCGAGUCGAUGGACACGCAGUCGGAGAAAAGUCCGAACCAGGAGGAGAGUCCCCACCGAAAGGAGGAGCUGGACAGUGAAAAGCACGAGCCCGCCGCGCACAGCCAUAAGACUGAGUCGGUACCGGUUUCGGUAACGGACCAACCCUCGGAACGAGUGCCUUCCCGUACCUUGAAAACGGAGAGCAUAACAGUGACUGUAAAUACGCACAAUUCGAGUGAAAGUGUGUGCCCCGCCGCGAGUGUUGCGAAUGCGAAACCCACCAGUGUUUCAGGCGACGACAAAGUACAAGUUGUGAAUAAGGUAAACAAACGGGAGGAGCCGGCCGUCUCCAUCAGCUCAAACUCUCUGGAGACUCCGGCGGCGUCCGCCGGCGGUAGCGGCGCCGGUGCCGCGCCCAAACCGCCACCAGAGCCGUCAGGCGCUGCUGGCACCACGCUGACGGUGCAGGUGCGCCUGCCACCGACGCUGACGCCCGCGCCUGGUGUGGAGAAGCCGGUGAAAGCGGCGCCAGUCGUACCGACGGCGAAUGCGGACAAGUCUGCAGCUGCUCCGACCGUGAAAGUUGAGAAGCCGGCCGCGACUGUCUCGGAGAAGGCGCCGGCGGCGACUCCUGGCGCGGCCAAGUCGGCCGGACCCCAGGAGAAGCUGUCGGCACUCGCUGAGAAGCUGUCAGCACCGGAGGACAAGGCUACGGCGUCUGUGAGCAAGCCGCCUCUACCUGUGGACAGGCUAAAAGAAGAGCCCAAAGCUGUGGUCAAAAGGUCGCCAUCGGUGGAGCAACCGCAGUCGGUGGUUGGAAAGCCGGCAGCUGAGGAGGCGAAGCCAGCGGCGGUCUCAGAGAGCAAGCCCUCGUUGACAACCAACUCUGAGCCGGUCAAGAUCUCGGUAGCGCAGGCCAAGUCCCUGUUGACCGCUGAGGCUGAACCUGUCGCCGAGAAGGGCAGCACGGGCCACGCUCAGCGCGUCAACAACAUCAACAACAUCGUGGCGAAGCUACAGCGGUCCUCAGACCCGACGGGGGAGCACUCUUCAGCAUCGGUCAAGCUGCCGACCAGCGCGACCGACGCGUCAGCGUCUAGCCGGCUGAAGCCUGAGACUCCCGCGACGGUGGCGUCGACAACGCCGACGACGUCGAUGGGGUCGACGGCGACCGUGACGGCUCCCGCCGCGCCACCCGCCGUGUCGGUAGCGCCCGCCGCGCCGGUGGCCGUCGCCGUGGCGAAGGAGGCUCCCGCAAAGCCGGCUGACCCGCCCGCAGAAGCGAGAAAGCGGCCAGAGCAGACGGUCACCUCUGCCACGGUCACGACGGCGCCCGACUCGCGGACUGAAGUGCCGCCGGCGGUGACGACCAGUGCGACCGUGUCGGCGGCAGUAACGACCACGUCAGCGGAUGCCAAACCGCUGGCGGAGGACGCAAAACCGCAGCCGUCGCCAGCCGCGGCGGCAGCGGCCGCCUCCGCCAGCACGGGUCGCACCACGCCGCUCAACCUGCCGCCCGGCUCCAAGAUGCUGCCCAUCAAGCUGAUCAAGGCGGUGACCCCGGUAUCUCGGUCGGGCGCCGGCUCUCCGCUGCCGCAGGUCCCGCUGCAGACGCCGUCGCUGCGCGCGGCGCCGCCGGCGGCCGUGGCGCUGAAGGCGCCGGCGGCCAGCACCCCGUCGGCACCGGGCCGGCCGGCCGAGCGGCAGCCGUCUCCCGAGCCGCCCGUGCUGAGUCCGGCCGCCUCUGACGAGGCGCGGCCGCCGGGCGUGAGGCGCAGCGACUCGAAGGAGCUGCCGCCGGACCUGGAGCAGCCGUCUGCCGACGAGCCAGAGCUGCUGCGCGUCAAACCGCCGCUCUACACCUACUCGAACCCGGACAAGGCGCGCGAGUCGCCGUCCACCGGCUGCUCGGAGGGCACCGAGCCCGAGGGCGCCGACUCGACGGCCGUCGACCCGUCUCGGCUGCUGAAGGAGAUCCUUCUGCAGAAGGAGGCGGUCUCCAAGGUCGAGUCGGACCACAGCUAUUUAAAGCCCACCCGAAAGAGCCUGGAGGAGCUGUCCAUCCAGAUACCGGACUCGGAGGCGGAGGAGCGGCGCACGACGCGCUGCACGCGCGCCAACUCGCGGCUACACAGUCCGACGGUGGCCAGUCCGACGCCGGCGCGCGCCAGUCCCGUGGCGCGCACCGGCGCCGCGCCUAGCCCGCGCGCCUCCAAACGGCGGCGUUUCGAGUCGGGCGGCAGCAGCGUCGCCAGCGACGACCACCCGCGGCGAGCCGACACUCCCGACGCCGACUCGACGGGCCCGGAGCGCUCGCGCAGACGGUGCUCGGAGAACGCGGCCGGCCUCAUCAAGGCGUGCAUGGGCAUGGACGAGCAGCGCACGCGGCCGGGCACGCCCAACGCCACGGGUCGCCGGGAGGAGCCAGCGCGCCGAGUGCGAGCCGCCGCGGCAGCCGCUGCCGCCGCCGCCGCCGCAGCCGCCUCCAGGAAAGAGGACGCGUCAGACGACGAGUCGGACCGACGCUCGACGCGCAGCACCGACGAGGCGCGCGUGCCCAGCCGCACCACACCUCGCACCAACCACGCGGCGGCGGCGGCGGCCGCGUCGUCCCCCUCACCGGCGCCGGCCGGCGCUGCCGCCACCGCCUCCACGGCCUCCGCCACCGCCGCCGCCAAGAGCGACGACAAACUUAGUCAGGAGAGGUCGACAGGCCGAGCGUCGCGCUCGCGGGCGCGGGAAACCAAAGCCAACAGCCGCUCGGGCUCUGCCGAGUCUCUGGAUGGCAGUACCGGCCGCAAGGGGCGCCAGCCGGCCAAGGGUCGCGCGGCGGCCGAGCAGUCGGAGCGCGAGCCGUCCGCCGCCGCUACCCCGGCCGCCGGCAAACGGAAACUGCGGAACAGCGCGGCCGGACAGCUCGAUCCGGAGGCGUCGGCGUCGAAGCGGAGGCGGGUCUCGCGGGACAAGUGACGCCGCCGGCGUGCCAUGCAGCGUUUGGUUUUCGCCCGUUUUCCUUAGUGCAAUUAUGUCCUGAAAUUUAGACUAGCGUGGGCCGGCCGGCGGGCUGCUCCGCUGGCCGGGGGUGGCGACCGGGCCCUUCCCGCCUGCCCCGCCCCGCCCGCCCGCCGUCAGCCCCAGUCUGUCUGUUGGUUUGCGUUCAGCUCUGCCGACCAGCGUACCCGUGAUCUCGCAAUAAUGAACUUUUGGGGUCCGCGCCGGCCCGGCUGGUCGAUCGGCUUGCGAAUAAUUAUGUUUAAGCCUUUUAUUGUUGCAAAUUAAUGAGUUUACCUGCAUAAUGUGAUAUGACAGUGUCGAAUGUGCGCGACUCGGCGUUUUGAAGGAGUCGGCGUGCAUGGGCGUGCGUGUGCGUGGUAAACAGAUCAUGUCUUAAACUUUUGCAGUACCGGGCUCUGGCGCCCCCGUCUGGUUUGUUGACAUGAAGACAUUCAGUGCAUUGGCGUGUUGCGAUUUGCUAUCACAUCGGUGUAAAUACUGUUGGGUGGUCGACGCGUGCGUGGCGUGUUACUCUCAUCGUGGGCCGGAGAGCUACAAAUAUUUACGGGCGCACGCGGGCGGUGUGCUGGCUGGUGCUCGCGUGGCGCCGAGUCCGGGCGCAGCGCGCCCGACCGGGGGAGUCUGUAUAUAGUCCCCUUCUUGGCGCUGCGUAACCUUUUUUAUGAGACAACACGUACUUGGCCCGCCCACUGCUCGCCGAUAUUGUAAAUACCUAAUGUGUACAUUAGUUGUGUAAGAGUACCACAUUAUGUACACAAAUCGUUAAAUCCACGGACAUAAAUGA